UCAGGAGAAACACUCCACAAAACUACUUCACACUCACUCUCUUCUAGUCAGGUUAGUACUCAGGAGAAACACUCCACAAAACUACUUCACACUCACUCUCUUCUAGUCAGGAAAUACGAGAAAGAACUAGCGACCAACACAGAAAACUCCGAGAAGAUCUCCAACCUCAAGAUUUCAAACUCAAAACUAGAAACUGAGCUCCGUACCGCCCGAGAAAAGCUCCACAAAACUUCCGUUGCCUUAGAAAAAUACAAGCAACAAACCGAGAAAAAGCUCCAAAACGACAAAGAAGAUAUCUUUAAAACAACAGCAGAAAGAGACUCAAUCCGUUACGAAUACGACAAGCUAAAAUCAGAAAUGAGAGGGAUAGACAAGAAUUUUUUUGACGAGAUAGAAGAUUUAAAGUAUGCUCUGCAGGAAUCCGCAAAGUUGAACAAAAUUUAUGAGAAGACGUUACAGAGUGUAUGUAAGAAAACAAAGGUUGAUUAUCAGGAGGCCUUGUUGAAUGUGGUCUCGAAAUGUAGAACAUCUGGUAUUGACAAGGGGUCUUGA